CCAGCCACGGUUGGAGCUGGCGCAACGCGACAGGCGGGGCUUGGAAGUUUGUUUCCGAGUUCGGAGCCCAGGAGUCCCCGCGACCGUCGGGCAGGUGCCCUCCGCCGGGGUCGGGAUGGAGCUGCCAGCCGUGAACUUGAAGGUUAUUCUCCUGGUUCACUGGCUGCUGACAACCUGGGGCUGCCUGCUGUUCUCAGGCUCCUAUGCCUGGAGCAACUUCACUGUCCUGGCCCUGGGCGUGUGGGCUGUGGCCCAGCGGGACUCUAUUGAUGCCAUAGGCAUGUUCCUUGGUGGCUUGGUGGCCACCAUCUUCCUGGACAUCAUCUACAUCAGCAUCUUCUACCGAAGCCCUACCGCUGACGACACUGCCCGCUUCGCUGCCGGCAUGGCCAUCCUCAGCUUGCUGCUGAAACCCUUCUCUUGCUGCCUGGUCUACCACAUGCACCGUGAGCGAGGCGGGGAACUUCCGCUCCGCUCAGAUUUCUUCGGACCGUCUCAGGAGCAUAGCGCCUACCAGACAAUUGACUCAUCAGACUCGCCUGCAGCCCCCUUUGCCACCGUGGAGGACAAGGGCCAGGCUGCCCCCCGGGGGUACUGAAGCUGCCCCCAGUCUUCCUGGUGCCCAGCAGGAUGCUUGUCACCUCCUUUCUGGACCUGCAGUGGAGUGUCCUCCAUUCCCUGCCACAGAGGUGGCAUGAGUCAAGUACCUUGCAGGUCACAGGCCUCUGGCUUCCCAGCUAAGAAGAGCCAAUUCCUAACUCUCCAGGGAGCACCCCCUCCAACACACCUGCUAACCUGUGGCUAAAACUGGCUGCUUUCUCCACCGUCUACGCCGUAACUAUACUGUGCCCCUGCCGGCCAGUGCUACGUGGUGCAUGCAGGGCCACUCCUCAAGGGCCAGUGAUGGUUGCCUCUCAGGCCUCUCAGGCUCUAAAAUGGUCCAGCGCUUCCUGGAAGCUUUAGAAGCUUCUAGUCCUGCUUAGCCUGUCUCCCUGUGUCUGUCACUGCCUGAUGGCUUGGUACCUGGGAACCCCAGGCCUGGAGGCAGCAGGUCUGCGGAGGCCCCUCUCAGUCCUACUAUUAAAAUUUGGGGUUCUGUGGC